ACAACAACAACAACAACAACAACAACAGCCGCAGCAGCAGCAGACCCACUAUCCUCACCAGCACAUGCAACACGUGCAUGUUGGUCAGCAGCCGUAUUAUCCCAUGCAAAGCCCACACGUGCCGCCACCACCCCAGCCGCCGCAACACCACAUGGCGCAUCAACAUCCGCAUACAACCCCGCAUUCACACGCAACACAUCAACCACACGAGUACCCACAACAACCACACCACCACGACAGCCACAACCAACAGCAACAACGACAACAACAAGAGCAGCAGUACGGGUCGCAUGCUGGUGGCUUUGCUCACGUUACCCAACACGAAGGCGUGGCGGUGAGUGCUGCCCAAGCACCACAGCCGCAGCUGCAGCAGCGCCACGGUGACAGUGUCCCGUCCAGCAGCCAGCCCUCUCAGCAACAGCAGCUACAUCAGGAGCAACCAUCCCAGCCACAGCGAAGCUCGCAGGCAUCACAAGUACCAUCAGAGCCAGGACAACUACCACAACAACAGCAACAGCUGCAGCAGCAGCAGCAGCAGCAGCAGCAACCACAACCACAACAGCAACCACAACCACAAUCACAACAGCAGCAGGGACGAGAAAACGCAAGCAAAGGUGAUGAAGGGUCACGUGCUUCCGCCACUCGCUUGCCGUCAAGUGAGACCGCACUACAAGCAAGUCACCAAGAACAACAGCAGCAGCAGAGACAGCAACAACACGAAGAGGAAGAGGCGCAUACACCAGAAAUAGACGUCCGAUCAGCAACAACGCAGCCAUCAGUCGUCGUGCACCAUCAUCACCACCACGGACCACAGCAACAACAGCCCCAACAACAGCGGCAACAGCAGCAACAACAACAGCAACAACAACAGCAGCAACAACAGCACCACCACCAACGACAACAACCACAAGUUCCUCCUCCGCCUCCGCCUCCGCCUCCUCCCCCUCCACAGCAGCAGCAACAGCAGCAACAGCAGCAGCAGCGGCCGUCUGUAUCAGAUGCGCCCUCGCUCUUACCGCCACCGCCACCAAGUUUACAUCACCACCAGCACUUUCCACCCGCGUCGCUCACGUUUCACGACCACAGACAAGCAGCGCACCCAGCAUCCCUGCCACCGCCAACACCGCCACUUGCGCCCACGGAGCACUCAGCACUGCCACACUCACACGCACAUACACACUCGCAUGUGCACGGACAUGGCGCUGUCGACGCGUACACGGCGCCAACGCACCACACAACACUGGCCAGUCACAUGCCAGUGGCAUCUGAGAGCAUACCGUCACAUCACCACGCCAGCGUGGCACAACAACACGUGCCCCCGCACGACCAUGACGCGAGCCAGCUGUAUGAGCAACAGCAGGAACAGCAGCCGGGAGAGCACGAUCGAGAACAACUGCACAGGCCUGCUGAGACUGCGAGCAAUGCAGAGCACCAGCAACACCAGCAAGACAUGCAGCCACCAAGCAGCACGCAUCAAGUUCUGAGCGUGUCCGUGCCACCGCCACCGCCACAACAUCUGCAUGCGAGUGCGACUUCUUCGAGCGCAGUGGCAUCAUCGUCGUCAUCGCUUCCUGUGACGCACCAUCACCAUCACCAUCACCAUCACCUGGACGAGCAGCCCCAGCAGGCGGACACACGCGACCGCGACUGGCAAUACAAGGACGGAACCCGCUUUGUGAGUUUCUCGAUCCACGACGCCACAACCCUUUCAGCUGCGCACAGGGCGUGGAAGAAAGCGGGCUCCCCUGAUGAUCCAAUUGAACUUUCGCUUCUCAACAGCGAUUGUGUUGUCAUCAACUUUGAAUCCAUGACUUGCCAUCCGCCAGCGGCAACUGAACCGAUGAAGAUGCGAUCAAAGCCAAUCAAGUCAUAACAACAUGCCGUCAGCACCGACUUGCCUCGUAGCAACAUACCCGGGCCUUUGCCUUGUUCACGCACACACGCACAAGCGCCUUGCCCCCCUCUUCUCCUUGUUCUUUUCCCCCUCUUUUUCUCCCCGUUUGCUGCUGCUGCAACCAGCCAAAACCAUGUACAUACCAUACCCAUCACUGCAUACCGGGAGGGACGCAUAAACAAACAACAGAAC